AUGUCUUCCUCCAACUAUUGUCAAGAACUUAUUCAAGACUUUGAGAAAGCUCUUGAAAAUUAUGAUAAUUGCGAUGUAAUAAUUAAAACAGGUGAACAUAAGGAACUUCGAGCUCAUUCGUUUGUACUUCGUGCUAGAUGUUCGUAUUUUAAGAAGGCACUAUCUAGCGAUUGGGAGGAAAGAGACGAUAAUGGUAAUUAUAUUUUAAAAAAACCAAAUAUUUCCACUGAAGUCUUCCAACUAAUUCUCAGAUAUUUGUAUACCGGAGUUGUAGAUUGUGAUCAACUUAGCAAAGACAUUAUCUUGCAAUCCCUCGUUGCGGCUGAUGAACUGGGAUUGGACAAAUUGAUCGAAUGCAUUCAGGAAUGUUUAUUAGAUAAUAAAGAAUUUAUCAAUAAAGACCCCAUCAGCACACUUCAAGUCAUUUACCAACAUGAACCAUUUGAAGAUCUAAAAAAUUACUGUUUAGAAAUAAUUAGUGAAAACCCAAGAAUGCUCUUUUCAUCUGAAAAAUUCCCAUCACUGGAAAAACCAAUUAUUACUAUGAUACUUCAAAGAGAUGAUCUUAAUAUGGAAGAAAUUGAUAUAUGGGAUUCCCUUCUUAGAUGGCUAUUUGUUCAUUACUUAAAGAUCAAUAAAGAUCAUUCUACAUGGUCAUUAGAAGAUUUGAAAAACGUUAAACAAACUAUAAAAGAAUAUAUUCCAUUAAUAAGGUUCCAUGAUAUCUCCAAAGAAGAUUUUUACCUAAAAGUAUACCCAUACAAAGAUCUCUUGCCUCAAGAUUUACUCGAUGAAAUCCUUCGAUAUCAUAUGGCUCCAUAUUCUACUCCAAAAUUGAAUUUCAAGCCUUCUAGGAGUCGUAGAAUUGACUCUGUUUUAAUUAGGUUUAAUAUAUUUAAGCUUAUUGCAAAGUGGAUCGAUAAGAAAGAUGAUGAUUAUACUCAACAAAAUAUGCCAUAUCAGUUUACUCUUCUUUUACGUGGGACAAGAGAUGGAUUUGAUUCCGCGAAGUUUCACCAAUUAUGUGAUAGCAAAGGUGCCACAAUUACUUUUGCAAGAAUUGAAAAUUCAAAGCAAAUUAUUGGUGGUUAUAAUCCUAUAGAUUGGUAUCAGAAUAGUGCAUACGGAAGUACAAAUGAUAGCUUCUUAUUUAAUAUAACAGAUAUCGAUAACCUUGAUACUGCUAAAAUAGGUCGUUGUAAUAAUUCUAGUUACGCAGUAUAUCAUCACGCUAGUUAUGGACCAACUUUUGGUAGUGGACAUGAUUUGAACGCACAAGGAAAAACAUGGUAUACUAAUAAUGGAAAUGCUUAUACUAACAUUAGCAUGCCAAAUAAUAGCUUUACAGUUGAUGAAUAUGAAGUAUUUCAAGUUUUGAAGAAAAGUUAA